AUGAGUAGACUAGUAAAGACAAUUACUACUCAAGGUAUGAAGAAAAAGGCCGUUGCCACUUGUGUGUGCACACAGACCGGAGAGUUCUCAAUAAAGGUCAACAUGGUGCCAUUUGCAAUUCUCCCAAACUCCCUGAUGUCUGCAAAGCUCAAGGAAAUCAUCUGCAUUGUUGAGCAAGCAAACAUUAGGGACUUGUCGUUCGACAUAACAUGCAAGGAGGGCGGAAGUGUCUCUCGCGUAUAUGCAGUCAGGAUGGCAUUUGCAAAGGCUGUGCUUGCGUUCUACGGAACGUACUUCGAGGAGUGGAAGAGGCAGGAGAUCCAGAAGAGGCUGAUGGAGUUUGACAGGUUCAGCCUUGUCUGUGACUCAAGGAAGAGGGAGCCAAAGAAGUUUGGAGGGCCUGGCGCUCGUGCAAGAUAUCAGAAGUCAUAUCGUUGA